CGGGCUGCGGGCAGAGGCGGCAGGGUCGGGGCGACCCGUGGGGCGGCUGUCCGACCUCCCCCGUGAGCGCGGCGGGACGGGGGAGAGGCUGCCUGGUCAGUGUCGGGGCCGGCCGGGCGGGGUCUUGAGGCCCGGGCACCUGCCGGAGGCCAGGCGCUUGGCCCCGAGGGGUGGCGACCCGGGGCAGCUGCCCUGCACCCCUCCAGCCUCCGCCCCGGGCGGCUCGCUCUCCCUCCCGUACCGAGGGGUCUUAGUGACCGUUGUCCCCGGAGAGCCAGGCCCGGUUUGCGGGGGUCAGCGGGAGGCUGCCCAGGAGCCGCUGCCUCUGGCCAUCGCCGUGUGCCAGCUGACAAACUGCUGAAUUUAGCUUAGUGAAGGUCACCAACUGAGCACAGUUAAGCUUCUAAUGGUUAUUUUCUGUUGAUGUUGCUGGCAUGGAAAGCACCCUGGAAGAAUGCAAUUCAAGAUUACGUUUCGUGUCGGGAGAAAUGGACAACAGCAGUUUCAUUCAGUUUGAUGUGCCUGAGCACAGCAGCACGGUUCUGAGCCAACUAAAUGAGCUCCGCCUGCAAGGGAAGCUAUGUGACAUCAUCGUCCACAUUCAGGGUCAGCCCUUCCGAGCCCACAAAGCCGUCCUCGCAGCCAGCUCCCCGUAUUUCCGGGACCAUUCAGCACUGAGCACUAUGAGUGGCUUGUCGAUCUCUGUGAUUAAGAACCCCAGCGUGUUUGAGCAGUUGCUCUCCUUCUGUUACACUGGAAGGAUGUCCUUGCAGCUGAAGGAUGUUGUCAGUUUUCUGACCGCAGCCAGCUUUCUUCAGAUGCAGUGUGUCAUUGACAAGUGCACACAGAUCCUAGAGAGCAUCCACUCGAAGAUCAGCGUGGGAGACGUUGACUCUGUUACCAUUGGUGCUGAAGAGAAUCCUGAGAGCCGAAAUGGGGUGAAAGAUGGCAGCUUCUUCACCAAUCCUGUUGAAAUCUCCCCUCCGUACUGCCCUCAGGUACGGCAGCCUCCAGUCAGCAGUGAUCUUCGGAUGGAGACAACCCCCAACAAAGCCCUUCGGAGCCGCUUGCAGGAAGAGGGGCACUCAGAUCGGGGGAGCAGUGGGAGCGUGUCUGAGUAUGAGAUUCAGAUAGAAGGGGACCACGAGCAAGGGGACUUGUUGGUGAGAGAGAGCCAGAUCACUGAGGUGAAAGUGAAGAUGGAGAAGUCUGACCGGCCCAGCUGCUCCGACAGCUCUUCCCUGGGUGAUGACGGCUACCACACGGAGAUGGUUGAUGGGGAACAAGUUGUGGCCGUGAAUGUGGGCGCCUAUGGCUCUGUGCUCCAGCAUGCAUACCCCUACUCCCAGACGGCUUCACAGCCUUCCAGUGUGCCAGAAGCUUUUGGAGGUCAGACCAAUUCCAGUCCAUCCAGGUCCAUGCUGAGCUGCUUCCGAGGCCGUGGGGCCCGCCAGAAGCGAGCUCUGUCUGUUCACCUGCACAGUGACCUGCAGGGUGUGGUGCAGGGGUCUGACAGUGAAGCCAUGAUGAACAAUCCCGGUUAUGAGAGCAGUCCCCGGGAGAGGAGCGCCAGGGGGUAUUGGUACCCAUACAACGAGAGGUUGAUCUGUAUUUACUGUGGGAAGUCCUUUAACCAGAAGGGAAGCCUCGACAGGCACAUGCGGCUGCAUAUGGGGAUCACCCCCUUUGUGUGCAAGUUCUGUGGGAAGAAGUACACGCGCAAGGACCAGCUGGAGUAUCACAUCCGGGGCCACACUGAUGACAAACCAUUCCGAUGCGAGGUCUGUGGGAAGUGCUUUCCAUUCCAGGGUACCCUCAACCAGCACCUGCGGAAAAACCACCCGGGGGUCACCGAAGGCAGGGGUCGCAUGGAGUCCCCCGAAAGAACAGACAUGUAUGUGGAACAGAAACUCGAAAGUGAUGCAUCAGCCUCAGAGAUGGCACUAGAUUCCCGCCUGGAAAUGCACACAGUGUCUGAUGCGCCUGACUAAGGAGCACCUGCACAGAGCACAGCAAUCAGCGCGUCCUUGUGAUCUGCUUGGUUGUAAUCUUUGCUUUUCCCCACCACCUGGACAUCUCUCGGUUUUUUUGCUAGUUUCUCUGAAGGUUCUGGGUGGGGACUUCUUGUGUUUACCCUCCCCUCUCCUCCCCUCCCCCAAGGAGCUCAAAGCAUGAAGGGCAGCAUAUCCAGGGAAAACGCAGGCUGACAGUAUUCCUUUUUGGCUAAAAUACUUUUUGGCUUCUCCCAGCUCUGCCAGUGAUUCAGCUAUGCCAACUGGUUGACCUCACGUUCUCUGCUAAGAGACAGCACUCCCUGUGGGUGCUAGCCCCAGUGCAUUUUCAUGGUGAGAGGCUAGGAUGCUGUCAGCUGGUGCAAAUGGGUAAUCUUUUCUAAUUUAAAAUUACUUUUAGGGGGUAGUUAGACAAUUUAUAUAUAUAUAUAAUAAAGUGGUUAUUAUAUAUAUAGUAUAUAUACAUUCUCAAAUUUGAGUUUAUUCUG